AUGCUUCGUUUCUUCGUUUUCAUUGCUUUUCUUUAUUGUUCAUGUGAAGCCAUUAACGUCGAUUUGACUAUCAAUAUUGGAUUAGGAUCCGGUCAGAAUCCAAGUCCUCCUUCUACUACUACUAAGAAUCCAUAUGAACAAGAAAACUCAGUAGCAUCCAAUGAUACUACUAAUGAAAGCAUUAGUGGAGUAGUAACACAAUUGACUACUGUAGAACCGAUUGAAACGAAUAACUCUACAAUGAUCGAUACUAGUUUUGGCGAAUCGGCCACUACUAUAGAAUCGUUUCAAGAAACAAGUUCUGCAAUGGUUGAGAAUACGUUGGAGAGCUUGAUUGAUAAAUCAACUGUGCCAUCAACGACAUCUGCUUGCCCCUCAACAUUGGAUCUUACUAUGCUGGAUGAUUUGAAAAACGAAAUUAUUAAUACUAUUAUUAGUACUCUCUCACGUGAUUUUACCAAUCAGUUGGCAGCACUAGAAGCCCGUCUUUCAACGUCAAACUGUUACUCAAACGAAAAACAAACUCCUAAAGUAGAACUCAAUAGGAUCAUAUAUGAAAGUCUUAUUAUUCCACUGAACGGAUGGACUCUUGUUUUCAAUCGACCAUAUAGUCACCGAACUCGUACCAUUGAUCUUGCUCAAAUUGCUGGUAUAUGUCGAAAUGAAGUGAUUGUUGCUGCUACCGUCAAUGGAUCAAUUAUUCUUGCAGCUGUUGGUCCAGCUAGUGUAUUGACAACAAAUACGACAUGGAAUCAACCACAACAGUUUGGUGAUGUUUUCUGGUAUCGCACACCAGGAAAGUCAUUCGGUUUUGCUCCAACGUUUACUAUUCGACAAACUCAAGGGGAUAAUGAGGAUUUGAGCAAUCCUCUUCGACUAAGUUGGCUUCUCGAUCAAGAUCUUGGUGGUUAUCGAGUCGGUGCAACGCGUUCACUAACCGACAGUUCUAUUUGGUAUAAAACUAUCUAUUGUAGUUAG